AUGGCUCAUUUAGCAGCAACCAACCCAGAUGAAGAGGUUGUUCUUGUUGAAGAAAUCAGCCAUGUCAGAUUGGUCACUUUGAACCGACCUCGCCAAUUGAAUGUGAUAUCAGCUCGGUUGGUUGCUCUGAUGGCAGAGUACUUGGAAAAGUGGGAGAAAGAUGAAAAUGCUGAGUUCAUACUGAUAAAGGGAGCUGGAAGGGCAUUUUCCGCUGGUGGGGAUUUGAAAAUGUUCUAUGAUGGCAGGGGAACAAAGGAUUCGUGCCUUGAAGUGGUCUACAGAAUGUAUUGGCUUGGCUACCACAUUCAUAGUUACAAGAAAACACUGGUAGCUCUUGCGCAUGGAAUUGCCAUGGGCGGAGGUGCAUCCUUCAUGGUCCCUAUGAAAUUUUCAGUAGUCACAGAAAAGACUGUUUUUGCUACCCCGGAAGCUAGUAUAGGGUUUCACACUGAUUGUGGCUUUUCCUACUUGCUUUCACGUCUACCUGGACAUUUAGGGGAAUUCUUGGCCCUAACUGGGGCAAGGCUAAAUGGUAAAGAAUUGGUCGCAGCUGGAUUAGCAACACACUUUGUCCCCUCUGAGAAAUUGCCCGAACUAGAGAAAUGUCUUGUGAGCUUAGAUAAUGGUGAAGAGGCUUCUGUCAAAUCUACCAUUGAAAAAUUCUCCAUCGAAGUUUCAGUUGAUGAAGAAAGUAUAUUGAACAAACAAGAGAUAAUAGAUUACUGUUUCUCCAAGGAGUCUGUUGAAGAGAUCAUAAAAGCAUUUGAAGCUGAGGCCAGGAAAGAAGGAAAUGGUUGGAUUACUCCUGUGCUCAAAGGCUUAAAGAGAUCAUCCCCAACAGCGCUGAAGAUAACAUUGAGAUCGAUCCGAGAUGGCAGGCAACAAUCCUUGAUUGAAUGCCUUAAGAAAGAAUUUCGCCUCACAAUGAACAUCCUUCGAACUACAAUAUCUGGCGAUGUUUAUGAGGGCAUCAGAGCUGUUAUGAUCGAUAAGGAUAACUGUCCAAAGUGGGAGCCUUCGACCCUUGAAGAAGUGAACGAUGAAAAAAUCGACAUUGUAUUCCAGCCAUUUGAAGAAGAGCUGGAGCUCAGUAUUCCAGAAAGAGAAGAUUCCAGGUGGGAAGGUAAAUACGAGAAUUCAGCUUAUGCAAUUUCUUAA